GCACAAGGCUUGCCAACUAUCAACACAAAUAUGGCGUCUGUUCGCAUGAACUCGUAUGAACAGUUCGCUGCAAGUUUAGUCUAAGUGUGCUGGGAGCACACUUCCUGGUAAAUAUUAUCGUCUAAUCAGCUACUUUAUGCUUUAGUCAUUACAGGAAAAAAAAAGAAUAUAUUGGAAACUAACGGAUUAACUUGGGGAAAGAAAUCCAAAAGUUGCCUGUAUGUCAGUAGCAGUAUCGUCUGUACAAGUGAGCUGGCAGUGAAAGCCAUGAUUGAAGACAAGGGUCACCAUGUGACUGACUACUUUGUGGUGGCUGGGCUAACGGACAAAUCCACACCCCUGGAACAGGACCUGUCAGACACAAAGUCUGGCGGAACCAAAGCUCCAAUUACAGACCUAGCAGUCAUUAACAAGUCAGCUGGUGAGACAGUGCCAGAAGGGUUCACCUGCAUUGAUAGCACCUACAGUGGGCAGCAAGCCAACCUCAACCAUGGAAGCCUCAAAAGCCCGGAUCUAUUCUUAUGCUACAAGAGGGGCCGUGGGAAGCCACCACUUAUUGAUAUUGGGGUUCUUUAUGAAGGCCAGGAGCGACUCAUCCAGGGCUGUGAGAUCAUCCAGGCCACCCCAUAUGGUCGAUGUGCCAAUGUCAACAACAGCUCAGCCACCUCACAGCGCAUCUUCAUCACCUUCCGCCGUGCACCACCUGUCCAGCCCCAGAAUUCCCUGGCAGUCACUGACAUCUGUGUCAUAAUUACCAGCAAGGGGGAGACUCCUCCACACACAUUCUGCAAAGUCGACAAGAACCUCAACUGUGGAAUGUGGGGCUCCAGUGUUUUUCUGUGUUACAAAAAGUCUGUGUCCGCCUCCAACUCUAUCAAUUACAAAGCUGGCCUCAUCUUCCGUUACCCACAAGAAGAUUAUGAAUCCUUCCCUCUCUCAGAGUCUGUGCCUUUGUUUUGCUUGCCCAUGGGAGCAAAUAUUGAAUGCUGGGCACCAAACACACGAUACCCUCUGCCUGUUUUCUCUACCUUUGUCUUAACCAUAUCCUCUGGAGAAAAGGUGUAUGGUGCAGCAAUCCAAUUCUACGAACCCUACCCAGUAGAAUUACUCAAUGAGAAACAGAAGGUGCAGUUGGGCCUGCUUACCACUGUGGAGAAGAAGAUGAUCCCCAACAGACCUGUUAACACCAACAAGUGCAUCUGUCUGCUUUCCCGCUGGCCAUUUUUUGAGUCCUUUCGCAAGUUUCUCAUGUUCCUUUACAAAUUGUCAGUUUCAGGCCCACAUCCAUUGCCGAUUGAAAAACACAUCUCACACUUCAUGCACAGUGUGCCCUUCCCUUCCCCUCAGAGGCCCAGGAUCCUGGUCCAACUAUCUGCACACGAUACCUUGAAUCUGUCUCAGCCUGUGUGUACACCAUUACCUCUCAGUGGCGCAGAUUACAGCACUCUGCUGAUGAACUUGGGGUCUGAAAACUGUGCCACACUGCUGAACUUUGUAUUGCUGGAGAGUAAAAUCCUGCUGCACUCAUUACGGCCUGCUGUGUUAACUGGAGUGGCUGAGGCUGUAGUGGCGAUGAUUUUCCCUUUCCAGUGGCAGUGCCCAUACAUCCCUUUGUGCCCCCUCUCCUUGGUGGGUGUCCUCAAUGCCCCCUGUCCAUUCAUUGUGGGGGUGGAUUCCCGCUAUUUUGACCUCUAUGACCCUCCCCCGGAUGUGGUCUGUGUGGACUUAGACACCAACACUAUUUACCUAUCUGAUGAGAAGAGACACAGCAAUUGGAAGAACCUCCCAAAGAAGCCAUGCAGGAGCCUUAUAAGCUAUCUGACCAACUUGCAGCACCAACUGGGCACUGUAAGGCAUACAGUGCAGGAGGGUUCUGCAGUGGAGAUGACGCCUAUCGAGGCAGACUUCACCUGGCACAAGAAGAUGACUGCAUUGGAGAUGGAAAUCCAGGAAACUUUCCUGCGCUUCAUGGCAUCCAUUCUUAAAGGCUACCGUUCAUACUUAAAACCCAUCACCCAGGCACCCUCUGAAAAGGCCACUGCAGCAGACUCUCUCUAUGAUCUACAAGGGUUUCUAAAGAGCAGGGACCGUGCCCAUCAGAAGUUUUACUCUCAACUGACCAAGACUCAAAUUUUUAUUCGCUUCAUCGAAGAGUGCACCUUUGUCAGUGAUAAGGAUACUGGCCUGGCCUUCUUUGAUGACUGCAUUGAAAAGCUUUUCCCCUCUGAUAAAGGCACUGACAAGGGCACAAAGGUUGAAAGUGAGUCUUCAGAGGAGACUAAACUGAUGGAGCUGGAUGAAUCACAAAAGAGUGAACAUACAGUCUUUGUCAUGCCUCCUGAACCCCCUGCUGAGGACGCACUUAAUCCCCCUGCUCGCUUCAGUUAUCAGAGUUUCCCACGUUUGAAAUUGGAGUUGUUUCACUGUCCUGGAGAGCUGAGACCACCACAGAGCGGGAAAAGUGCAGAUGCAAGCCAGUCUAGUAGCCCCGCACUUGUGGCCAAGAGGACCAAGCAGGAGCUCAAGCUUGCAUACAAGAUGGCAAAGAGGUUCUACUCCAACCCUCUACUCUGGGCAAAAUGUCUUUUCAGCCACUGCUACAGCCUGUGGUUCACCUGUCUGCCUGCAGGAGUGCGUCUAGCCACGUCUAAAGAACGUGCCAUGCAGCAAGCCUACAGCGUCCUCCUCAAGAUGCGGAGCUCUGAGGUGGAAGUACUGGAUGAGGUGUGUUAUCGUGUAGUAAUGCAGCUGUGUGGUGUGUGGGGACUUCCUGUCAUGGCAGUGCGUGUGCUAGUGGAGAUGAAGAGGGCUGGUGUACAGCCUAAUGCUAUCACCUAUGGAUACUACAACAAGGCCGCAUUUGAGAGUCCCUGGCCUUGCCGUAACCGUAGUGGCAUCUUCAUGUGGACCAAAAUGCGUAAUGUGGUGCGUGGUGUGGCCCAGUUUAAACAGGCACUUCACAAGACAUCCCAGAGAGAACCCACAAUUGUUACAAGAGCAGGGCAAUCUGACCAAGGUUAUGGCUCUAAAGACGGGUUACAUCAGGACCUUACCACAGGCCACAUCAGCAAAGCACAGAAUAAUGGGGGAAUGACUAGUUUAGUGGAACAAGCUGAGCCCCCUUACCGCCUUGAUGUGCCUCUGCCAGCCCCCAGCAUAGUGAAAUUGUCUACUGGAAGCUUUGACACUACCAAAGGAAGAGAUGACACUGGUGCCGUCCAAUUCUUCACACUGCACAAGAAGAGUGAAGAAGUGUACCUAUCUGAGAAAUACAUUCCACCAGCAAGGGCAGGGGAGACUGCAGUGCCGCAGCACCAUUGUCAGAAUACCUUCUCUGAGCGCAGCUGCAGUUUCAGUGCUGAGAGCCGAGCUGGCAUGCUUCUAGAGAAGGGGGUAGACAACAUUGCAAUCCGCAUGAGUGCUGAUGCCCGUAUUCUAGCCACAGCCCUUUCUGGAGACACCAGUUCACAUUUCAGUGCAGCCAAAGCCCUAUUUAAAGACUUUGAGGAAGAUUCUGAGGAAGGGCCGGGUCUAAUACCAGGGAAACUGUUACAGGACAAACUUCCAACAAUGGACACUACUACUUUAGAUGGUGAAAAAACUGAAAAACAGGAGAGGAAUGAAGAAGGCAGGAAGAGACUGCAGGAGGAAGAAGAUGAAAACAAUGGGGGUGGCAUCCUAGAGAGGGAGGAUGUAGAGGUGGGUGCUGACCCCCUUUCACGCUUGGUGUCAAAGAGUGAUGAGUCUGCCUCUGUGACCAGCCAUGAGCGUCCGCAUUCUCCUCCUGUAGUUUCCCGCAAUCUGGCAGAAGAGAUUGAAAUGUACAUGAGCCUGCAGAGCCCUCUAAGCAUAAUGUCAUCCAGCAUGGAGCUUGAGCAGAUCCAGGAUGACUCCAGCAACACUCCCCCAGCCAAACAGCCCCUUGAGCGGAGAUCCAGUCUUCCUGUGGCUCCCAUGAAAUCCCCUUCAGACUUGUCUUGUAACACAGUACAAUGCAGCCCAUUGGCCGUCACACGUUCCAAGACUUUUGCCGUCAAGACAAAGAGCUCUGCAACCAGCCCUAGUCAGAGAUCAUCAUCUCUGACGGCUCUGGUGAAGUCAUCCCAAAGUGGCUCUUUAGGCUCAGUCAUCAACUCUUUCUCUGGAAUGAAGAUGGAUGCCCUGCUUUCUGGGCCCAAGAUGGAUGUGCUGAAGUUGGGUAUGAAACAGGCAGCCAGUGUGGCUAGCAAAGUGUGGGGAGCAGUAGCCUCUGCCUAUUCCUACUCUGAUGAUGAGGAUGAGUUAUCCCAGGGUGGUGGAAGCUUCCCAGCCAGACUGGAUGAACAUCUUCUGUCUGGGGUUGGUGGGGACAACCCCGCCCAAAGUGGCCCCAUCCCAAAUGUGGUGUCAAAUGUUCUGACACAGAGCAACACCAGCCUUGGCAGCAGCAGUGGAAGCAGCGACACAGGAAGAGGGAUGCACCAAUCAUAUCAAACACCAGGAAGAUCCCACAGAGGUCCAGACUGUCAAAAGUUAGAGCAAGGGUCCUCAUUCCAUGCCUCCGCCUCCAGCAUCUACCAAAAUUGUGCAUUGGAGGUACUUAUAUCAACCUGCUCUCAGUGUCGCUCCUGUGACGCUUUGGUGUAUGAUGAAGAGAUCAUGGCCGGCUGGACAGCUGAUGAUUCAAACCUCAACACCACAUGCCCCUUCUGUUCCUCCCCUUUCUUGCCACUGCUCCAUGCUGAGUUCCAAGACCUGCGCCCCUCGACUGGUGUUCUACAGGAGUCAGUGCAGCUGGACCCCCUGGGCCUGCUGGAAGUUCAGAAAGGAAAGCGUGAAAGUUCACUGACUCGCAGUAAUAGUGUGGGUGGUUUCCUGCAGAGCCUAGACUCAGCUCAGAGACCUGGACACAGUGUUUCCACCACAAGUCUACCCAGUAGACUGCAUGAGGUCUGUGAUGUCCUAGGAGGGAAGAGGUCCAAUCCCAAACCUGUGUCUGUGCCUUAUCUCAGUCCCCUGGUUCUACGUAAGGAGCUUGAAACCCUACUUGAGAAUGAGGGAGACCAGGUUAUCUACACUCAAAAAUUCCUGAGUCAGCAUCCUAUAAUUUUCUGGAAUCUGGUGUGGUAUUUCCAUCGUUUGGAUCUGCCCAGUAACCUGGCAGGCCUCAUUCUCACCUCUGAACACUGCAACAAUGGAGUACAGCUCCCUCAGACAUCUCUGUCUCAGGACAGUAAACAGGUAUUUGUGCAGCUGUUGUGGGACAAUAUCAACCUCCACCAGGAACCUGGAGAACCACUCUACCAGCUCUGGAGAGCACUGUGGGAGAAGAAGGGGACAUUGGCCCCAACAGACCACCAGGAGACAAGGACCCUGCUAAAUAGUAUUGUCAGAAGCAUUCAGACCAACGAUGUCUUUGGCCCCAUUAACUUGCUAAUUCGAGAGGUGAAACGCCAUCCGGAAGUUAAACGCCAGAGAAGCAUCUACAGAGAAAUACUGUUUCUUGCACUGGUGGCAUUGGGACGGGAGAACAUUGAUGUGGAGGCCUUCGACAGGGAGUACCGUCUAGCCUAUGAUGAACUUAGCCCAGAUCAGCUCAAGGUCCUGCUUCGCAUUGACCAACCUCCUAGCAACAAUGUACACUUGUGCCUUAAGUUCUUUGGAGCUCCUGUCAUCUGACACUUCUCAGCUCAUGAAUUUCACAUGUUGUUCUCACUUAAAGUACAUUGGGAGAUCUACAAGAGGGAGAGCAAGGGAGGAGGGAAAAUAGGUUGUUGUGAUUGGUGGUAGGUCUUGGUGUAAGGGAGAACUUUUGUGCAGUGAACAUAUUAUUUCCACACGUUUAUAUAGUCCAAAUAUGAUACUAAAAAGGUACUUUUCAACCCUUUUUUUUAAGGUUUUCAUCCAUCUGCAUAGGUUUUCCAGUGUGUCAGUAACUCUGCUUAUUUAUCUUCCCCCUUAGGGAGCUUUUAAGUUGAAUUAAAUCUGCUGUUAGUCCUUUAAAGUGCAGAUGUCCGUAUGACUGGGCUUGUCCCAGCUUCUAUCCAUUCUCAUUAUUUGUUUCACUACUUUUUCUACAAUGGGAACAUUUCAACAGUUUGCGUGUAGUUUGAUGUCAGAAUGCCGUCAUCACUAAAAUAAUAACUUGUUGGUCUUAUCAAUGGAUGUCGUGAUUUUGUUGUAAUGCAUUUCUGUACAAGCAGUUUUUGUUGUGUCUUGUAUUUGUUGGUUUAUCACAUAGAUGGGAAAGAUUUGAGGUCAUGGACAAUCAAUCAGUCAGAUCAACAUUCCAUGAUAUAAGCACACAUGUCUUAAAUACAAAAUAUAUGUGUAUAUAAUCAGCUUUCGUUUAGAAAGCCUAACAGAAGAAAUAUCUAAGUAAUUAUAUCAAGGUUAGACUAAAAAAUGUAUCUGUAAUUUAGGUUACAGUGCCUACAAAUCAAUCCCACAAUUUUCACUUAACAGCACCAGGACUUAUACUAUAUACUUUUUGUAGUAUAGUACAUUGCUGUACAUGGCUGUUAUUGUACAAUACAUUUACAUUUACAUUUAUUCAUUUAGUAGCAAUACAUUUGAUUUGAAAUAUAUCACACAAUAUCAUACAUUUUAAACAACAUUUACAUUUUUACAUUUACAUGUAAAAACUAAUUACACAAUUUAAACUUAAUUUGGGGGUUAUACAUAGACUGUGAUAUGAUACUUUUUUUUUUCCUUAACCUUUUUGUGAUUGUUUAUUUUUCAUUUUUAGCUAAUCUUUCAUCUGCUAAUAGGGAUUCUAAUAUAAAUCAAAUACAUCUGUCUUCGAAAGCAAAUCAGGUCACAUUGCAUUUUAAUUUCAAAUAUUUUAAUCAGUGAACAUAUAUUCAGUAACACAAUCUUAUAUUGACAUUAAUUAUUUUGACCACAACAACAUAGACAUUUUGCAGAUUGUAUUUCCAUUUAAACUAUUCAAAGUUAAUUGUUUCGUGUUUUCAUGUAUUGUACACAUUGUCUGCCUGUAUUUACUUACUAUUUUUUAAUACAGGGGACAAUAAGCCUCCAUUACAUUCCUUACAAUUUCAAGUGACUUAGUCUCGAAACUGACAAGUGCGGCAUCAAGCACGGUUGAAGGGUAAAUAGAUCUUGAUUUUGGGCUUACUGUUCACUGAAUAUGUAUUGCACUAAUACGACUUGAAGGGUUAUUCUACAAAUUACUGUAUGUUAAUGCAAUACAUUUAGUACAAACCUACCAAUUUAGAAGGUCUUGAAUAACCUAAAUGAUUUAGAAUCCAACACAUAUUGGCAGAAAUGUUACAACACAAUAUAAUUUUAUUUAAUAUUGAUUGUUGAUAUGAUUCCCCAUGUAUGAAUGUAAGUACAUUUGAAUACUUUCCAGAGAAGUAAAUGCGACAUGUUAACGAUAUAAUAACAUGCCCAUCUUUGCAAAUGGUUUCAGUGAUCAUGUUAUGUUCUGUAGAAUAGAUAUUAAUAUCUACAUAACUUCUGGAGUGACCGAUUUGUAACAUGGUGAAUGAUUAAUACAAAUUAUAAAUACAAAUGUGUUUUGUUUAAAUUGAAUUAAAUAAAAAAUAUACACCCCAAAAAAUGAUUCUUAAAUAACACACCAAA